AUGUCGACCGCCGCACCCGUCGGACACCCGCCCCACUUUGCACCCCCCAUCCUCGAGGUCAUCCAGUCGUCCCAGGGUGGCCACGGUGACGACGUAGGCGACGGCAACGGCGACGACAAUCAGACCACCGCCGCCGCCGCCGCUGCCUCGGCCGCCAAGCGCAGAAAGGCAGACGACGGAAGCGCCGCCACGCCCGACGACGGCGCCGCCGCCUCGCACUUUAUCAGCCAGACGCCCGCCAUCCUCGCCUUUCUCGCCCCCAGGCUCGGCCUGUUGGGCGACCUCGACGGCCUGUCGGACCUCGAGCGCGACAUCCGGCGCGCCCAGAUCCACCAGCUCACCCUCACCGCCCUCGACGUCAGCAACGAGGCGCACGAGACGCACCACCCGGUCGCAGUCGACCUGUACUACGAGGACCAGAAGCAAGAGGCCAAGCGACGCUCCGACAAGUUCCGCAACCUGCGCGUGCCCAAGUUUCUCAAGUGCUUCCAGCUCACCCUCGACGCCAACCGCAGCCAGGGCCAGGGACAGCCGCGCCUGGUGGGCGACAAGACGACUGUGGCCGACCUCACCCUCUUCCAGGUGGUUGACGGGCUCAAGUUUGCGUUUCCGCGGCUGAUGGCAUCGCUCGAGUCGGGGGGCGAGUACGCGCUGGUGUUUGGGCUGCACGCCGCCGUGGCAAAGGAGCUCGAGGGCUACCUGCAGAGCGAGCGCCGACGUCCGUACUCGAGCGGUGUGUUCCGCCACUACCCGGAGCUCGACGGCGAGGUCGAGGCCUGA